AUGGUCGUCGUCGAGAUCAAGUCGCUCGAGGAGUUUGAGCAGGUGCUCAAGGAGAACCCCAAGGUGGUGGUCGACUUCACCGCCAGCUGGUGCCCGCCGUGCAAGAUGAUCAAGCCGAUAUUCGCCAAGCUGUCGGAGGAGCAGGGCGAGGUCAAGUUCGUGUCGGUCGACGUGGACGAGGUGGCGCCCGUCGCGGAAAAGUACGGCAUCCGCGCCAUGCCGACGUUCCUCUUCUUCAAGGACGGCGAGAAGGUGGACGACCUCCAGGGCGCCAUCCCGCCCCAGCUCACGAGCAAGGUCACGGCGCUCGCUGCUUGA